AGAUGGGAACGUGUUCAUUUUGACACUUAUCUAUCUCUGUUGCUGCACACGACAUCGCUGCAGGGCAGUUCUUUGUCCUUCCUCGUACGAAAUUCUGAGAAUUUUGACAGAAUGUUUUCUUUCGUUUUCCAACAAUUUGUUUUCGCCUGAAAACUAUACAAUCGAUAUAUUUAGUUUAAACUCGAUUCUAAAGCAACGGUGGAACAGAAGGGCAAUUCUUACGCAUGCAUUUUUAGAGUGAAAAUUCAUUGAAAGGAAGAAAAGGAGUCCUUAGUGUGGUUGUUUCAGAGGUGAAAAUUGUGUUACCACUGAGUUGCGUUACAUUAGUGGCUGUAUUUCUGUACGCAAAAGAGAAUUGGGGAGGCGAUAGCAAAAGUGCGGCUUGGCUUGAAUUUCUUUUCUAGCAUAAUGAUGAAAAAAUGUCAAUUAUAAUAGCAAUUGUUUUCAUGGGAUGCUUAGAAACAGGUUUGUCGCAGUAUCUGACCAACACUGUGCACAAAACGCCUGCCGCAGCGGAGAAAGUAAAUAGCCUUUGGUGUUUUUCGUGCAACGCGACAGAGGAUGGUGAAGCCUGCAUUGAGCUGGUGGGAAAUCAUUCGUCCUUUACGAAAAAAUGCUCGGGUGACGAGUUGAUCUGUAUGGUCAAACAAUUCUCCUACACAACGCAUACCAGUAAUUCGAACGUUUCGGAACCAAAACUGUGGUCCCUCGAGCGAAAAUGUACCAACGCGUGUGAACCGGGAUGCAUAAUUAUAGGCGAGCGGACAAAGUUAUAUGCCUGCACUAGCUGCUGCGCCGGUAUACUAUGCAACACGGGAAAAGCCCGCUCCAAUAAUAUUUUUUCACAGUUUCGCAGUGAAUUACUUCUUGAGUUUGUGGUCGCCUUGUCCAUCACUCGACUUUUAAACGAUAUCUCAUGGUUUUCUUACAGUGUGCCAAGAUAAAAAAACGAAUUUUCAUGUCAUUCUAUAUUUCGAGUUUUGCAAACAUUAGUGUAUAGAUAAAAGUUUUAGGAAUCCACUAUAAAUGAAAGGUGAAGACGAACUAUUCUUAUAAAUGUUUGAAAAAAGGUCAACCUGUGCAAGUUUCGUUAGCACUUUCCAUAAAAAUACUGAUGCCAAAAUAAAAAAGAAAGCUUUAUGUUUUUCGAGUCACAUUUUAAGAGAUCUGAUUUGGAUCAAUCUUAACGUCUUCAAUCUGAGAACAAACGUUUUAUGUCUGUUAAUAUUGAAUAACCAGAUCGAACCUUUGCUUACUGAGCAUGACAGUUUAACCAUGAUAUCUAUUUUCUCCAUAUUCGAUUGCUUUUAGUAGUAAACAUACUUCUUACUAAACUAAAAAGUAUCCCGAUAAACUUUUAUCCGAACUUAGGAAUAAACGAUGGGCCAAAUAAACGUUUAGAGAUAAGUUCCAGAAUAAAAAUAAUAAUUCAAUGAAUUCAAAAAUGGCCAAAAAAUACAAGAGUUGCCAAAAGAUAGACAUUAUUAUUAUGCACGCCAAUUGAGAAACAGUUUUUACUAUUUAUUUUGAAUGUAGUACAUUGAACGCAAUAAAGUUUUAUUGAAAAUCGUAGAA